GACAGCAGGCUCGGACCCAGGGGUGAUCUACAAAACUGGGCCCCCUGAAAAAAUUUUCUGUGGCCACGUCUCUAAGUCUCCCUGAGAACAAGGGAAACGCCCUUUUUAGGUAUAAUUGUUGAAAAAGGGGGCACAGGCCUUGGAAACUGGUUUGUUUUAGCGAUUGUAUCCUGUGUUUCUGUGCCUAUUUAAUUGAAAUAUUUACUUGAUCAUAACUAUCAACAGAUUGUUAAAGAAGCGUGCUCCAAAGAUUUCCCCACAGAAAAAUCUACGGAAUGCAAUAAAGCCGAGCCGGUUGAGACGGAAAAUGAUCUAGAGAUGGUACUUCCUGAAGCAGAUUUUGACGCGCCUCCUGCAACAAGAGACGUAUACUGUGAAGUGAAUUUAAACUGUUCGGGAUGUAAGAGAAGCAAGAAAAAAAGGAUUCUGUUGUUCAGAAAAUACAAAAGAAUCGCCACACGUGUUAAAAAGCUGCUCAACAAAAACAAAGAAUUGAAGAAGAAGUACAACAAAUUGCUGAAAGCAAACGACCAAGAAAAUGACGAAGUUGACUUUGGAACAGAAAAAGACGAAACAGAAAGCAUGCUUGAACCCGGAGAGCAAAACUCUGAAGAGUCUGAUUUUGGCUUAUCCGAUGAAUCUUCCGGUGAAAGAGAAGAUGGGGGCAUGGAUGAUGAUGAUGAUGAUUAUGAUAUGGAUGACAAAAGUGGUGAUUAUAAUGAUGAUGAUUACGAUGACAAUGAUGAAAGAAAAAACAUCCAAUCAAAACGCAUAAAGUAUGUUAUUUUUGCAAAAAUAUUUUGUACCUUUUUUAAGUUACUCAGUUCUUGUUGAAGCAUUAGCAAAAGAAAAAAUACGAAAAAUGUCAAUUUGCAGCACAUAACAAAUUUUCCCAGAAUGACAAACUGAAUCAAUCCUAUUCUUAUGCACUCAACCAAUUGAAGCCAUAGAUGAACGAUCUAAAGAGCAAAAAUGUUAAAAACUGUCAGAAAUCAGAAUUAGUUCAUAUUCUGCUGGUUAAACUUUUUCACUGCAUCACUUUUUAGAUUUGAUCUGAAAACUCCAGUGGCAGAAGAGCCCAAGUUCAUUGUGUUUUGCAGUAUGCUGAUGCAACUAUUUUCAAUGUUCUGCUUCAAGUGCAAAGUUGGCAAACCUGAU